AAAUCGUUCGCUGGGGAAAUUACAACAGAAUAUUAAGUUACAACACUCGUGCCUGGCAGUCCGAUAAGCUGUACACUGAAUGUCAUCGACCGUUAUGCAGUCGCGUCGUUUUGGUGCAAGCGGACGUCGAAGCGCGCCGCGAGCUUCUUCAGAAUGAGCGGGAUAUUGAAUACGUGCGCGCAGAAAAGUUGCACCACGUGAAGAAUCAUGCCGGAGAAACCGGUCGCGAGACUUGCAGCGCCAUCAUGCGGCGGCGGGAUGGCAACAGACUGGGAUCAGAUGUUUGUACGCUCGCUAGGUCGCCCGCCGCAGUGCAGAAGUCUGCAGGAUUUACAAGUGAUUUAUUACGGUCUCAGCGGAUUGGAGGCGCUGCAAUCUCUGCGUGAUUCUGCUUUACGAGCGCUUUGUAAAAUAGUUCGCUAUGAGAAACACCAAGCAAAUGAUGUUCUUUACUACACGGGUGAACUCUCAACAUGCUGGUACAUACUCCUUUCCGGUUCGGUGUUCAUCGAUGGCUCCAUGUUUCUUCCGCGUUCAAGUUUUGGAAAGAGGACCGGUGGCAGUGCACGAAGACCGAACGAAUGCUUCGUCUUGGAACCCUCUGAAAUGAUUGUGAUUGAUUAUCCCGACUUGGAGCAUUCAUCUACGACCACAAAUAGUAUUUCCAGUAUCAGAUCAGUCAGUAUAACGCCAAUGGAUUCGACAAAUAGACACAUCGUACUGGACGAUGCUUUUAUGCCGCAAUCGGGCAUCCCUGGUCACAGGGCAAACUUGUACCAAUAAAACAGCCGCGGAUCUCAUUCGUCUGACACUAGCUCGGCGUACAGCGGUUCGGACACGAUGGCGUCGACGCACUCGGAAGUCGACGAGGAGCUUGACUUCACCGGGCUCGUCGAGAGCGUUGUGGACGACAGUGAGGAAGAGGAUGAUUUGGCCGAAAGCAUGGAGAGCUUACGCGUGCGGGAUUUUGUUCGCGAUAGCUUGGAGAAAGACCCUAUCGAGCGCACCAACGAGGACAUUGAUGCACUCUUGGAAUUGACUCAACAAUUGAAGGCCUUCACGAACAUGACGCUGACGGUACGGCGCGAGCUAUGCGCGGUAAUGGUUUUUGCAGUGGUGGAGAAAGGUGGGACAAUUGUGAUGAACGAUGGUGAGGAAUUGGAUUCGUGGUCGGUGCUUGUGAAUGGUACCGUUGAGGUAACGAUACCGGGCGAGGAACCGCAGAUCCUGACCGUGGGUGAUUCCUUCGGCAUUCUGCCUACAAUGGAUAAGCUAUAUCAUAAGGGUUAUAUGCGGACAAAGUGUGAUGAUUGUCAGUUCGUCUGCAUUACUCAAAAUGAUUACUAUAGGAUUCAGCAUCAGGGUGAGGAGAAUACUCGCAGGCAUGAAGUCGACGGUAAACUGAUUAUGGUCACUGAAUUGCGCGGUACCAACGAUUUGCAACAGAGUAACAAUCGCCGAGGGCAUGUAGUAAUACGCGCAACGGCAAAAGUGUUAAUGGAGCAGUUAAUCGAAGAGAAUAGCUUGACCGAUCCGACAUAUGUGGAGGACUUUCUUCUCACGCAUCGGACAUUUAUUAAAAGUCCGCUGCACGUGACUGAUCAGUUGCUCGAGUGGUUUGCGAAUGCAGAUAUUCGUGAUAGAGUGACACGUGUCGUACUACUGUGGGUUAACAAUCACUUCACGGAUUUUGAAACCGAUCCCGACAUGAUCGAGUUUCUUGAGACUUUCGAGCUGGGUUUGGAGAAAGAAACGAUGAAGGGACAAUUACGGCUGUUGAAUAUUGCGUGCGCGGCGAAGGCUCGAAUUCGCAACGUGGUGUUGGCGCGAUCUAGUCGAGAGGAACCUCUCAAUUUUGAAAUCAUGGGCGGCUACGAACGCAACUUUGGGAUAUUCAUUUCAAAGGUUAAUAAGAAAACGAAGGCAGAAGAAGUGGGUCUAAAACGUGGCGAUCAAAUCCUCGAAGUAAACGGACAAAGUUUCGAACACGUGCCGCAAACGAAGGCACUGGAAACGUUAAAGGGCGCUACGCAUUUAAGCAUAACGGUGAAAUCAAAUCUGUUGAAUUUCAAGGAAAUGUUGAAUACACCCGACAACUCGCCUCGACCGCGAGGCAGAAAAGCUUCCGAAAUCUCAAAGCUGCAGCCGGACCCGCGCGCCCGAUAUAGCAUAGACGGUCCCGUGGACUCCCUUUCCCAGCAACCAGUUACCAUUAACAACAGCCCACAUAAAGAGAACAAGAAACAAAGCUUUAUGACGCUUGGACCAAAACGGCGACUGCAGAAAGCCCUCAUGAAGAUGAAUAUUUUACCCAAAAAUAUGAUCAACUUGGCGAUGAAUACAGAUCAGGUAGACAGUUUUCCCCCGCAGGCGACGCUGAGCGCCAGCACAUUCUGCUCACAGAGCAAUCCCGAUUUGAUGUCGCUGUAUUACGAUGACUCGCGCUGCACAGAUUAUCCGGAGCACGUUCUCAAAGUUUUCAAGCCCGACCAAACGUACAAAUACCUACUAAUCCAUAAGGAAACGACGGCGCAUGAAGUCGUAAUGCUGGCGUUACGUGAAUACGGCAUGACAGAGUCGAGCAGUAUGUUCAGUCUGUGUGAAGUGUCCGUCACUGAGAACCAAACUAUCAAACAACGGCGGUUGCCAGACCAACUGCAGAAUCUUGCGGAGCGCAUCGGGCUCAGCAGUCGAUAUUACCUCAAGACGAAUGGAAUUUCAGAGACGCUCGUCUCAGACGACAUGGCGCCUGAAUUAAUAAGAGACGCUGUACACUUCUUACAGCUGAACGCAGUCGAGGUUGCCAUUCAGUUAACGUUGCAGGACUUCAGCAUAUUUAGACAAAUAGAGCCGACCGAGUACAUUGACGAGUUGUUUGAGUUAAACUCCAAGUAUGGCACUCCAAUGUUGGACCAGUUUGCUGCUUUGGUCAAUAAGGAAAUGUUUUGGGUCGUUACGGAAGUCUGCAGUGAGCACAACGCCGUGCGGCGGAUGAAGAUCAUCAAGCAGUUCGUUAAAGUAGCAAGACAAUGCAAAGAGUGUAAAAAUUUCAACUCCAUGUUUGCAAUCAUCAGCGGUUUGGGUCACGGUGCUGUAUCAAGAUUGCGCCAAAGUUGGGACAAAUUACCAACCAAGUACCAACGCAUAUUCUCGGAAUUGCAACAACUUAUGGAUCCUUCCAGGAACAUGAGCAAAUAUAGACAACUUGUGAAUUCUGAACAAAAUCAGCCACCAAUUAUACCUUUCUAUCCAGUUGUUAAGAAGGAUCUAACUUUCAUUCAUCUUGGCAAUGACAGUAACGUGGAAGGCUUAAUCAAUUUCGAAAAGUUGCGUAUGAUUGCGAAAGAAGUAAGGACCCUGAGUAACAUGUGCAGUAGUCCGUAUGAUCUCCUCACCAUGCUGGAACUUGGUGGCCAACCGACCAGCAAUGCAAUGGUUGCUUUAAACCAGCUAACAACUCAAUCUUCGCAGCAUCAUCCCCAAGGACAAGCAACAGUAAAACGGCGAAAGAAGUCAGCAGCGGCACCAAACCCAAAGAAAAUGUUCGAGGAGUCGCAGAUGGUGCGACGGGUAAAAGCUUACUUGAACAAUCUUCAAGUUGUCAGUGAUGAGAUGCGUUUACACGACAUGUCGUUGGAGUGUGAACCAGCGAAUACGCCUGCAAUUUCGGCGGCUUCUAAUCCCCGAAGCAAACGACAUGCUUCUCCAGCGCCGUCAACUACUAGCAGUACGAGCAGCGCCAGCGAUGAGCGUAAACCUACUGCGAAGUUCGGCUCUGCAUCACCUAAAGCCGUUAGAAAGCUAUUGGCGCUAUCCGAACCAACUAAAACGAGGCCAUACUCUAGACAAACGCAUGGUAUUCUCGGUAUGAAUCCACAGCCAAGCCCGGGAGUGCGGCGAGCGCCAAGCGCAACUGGCAGUUACUCGAGUUACGGAUCGUAUAGCAGCAGCGGUACCGGUGGCAGAUCAAUGCACGAACGCUCACACUCCGAUACUCCUACGCCGCUGCCAUCAGUCGCUCUCUCGGCGGAAAGCAGUAGCGUCACCUCACUAAGCAACAUGCCCCUACGCAAGUCCGGCUCGGUGGCAUCGUCAGAUUCAGGGCACAGUUCGGGCGAUGGGUCGCACUAUCCUCCACGUGGUCUAAGUCCGACGAGAGUUCCUUCCACGCUGACGUCAGGCUGGUGUCCCACUCGUCCUGGUUUAAUGCCCUCUCAUGCUGUGGCCGUGUUGCCCCCUUUGCCUCACUUAACUUUACGAAAUGCUAAUGGUGUAGGUGGGCGACGACAACCUCCGGCUUAUAGCGUGGCUGCUCAAAUGGCUCGUUUGAAUAGAUUAGGGCGAGCACAUUCCCAUGAAGGAGUCACCCAGGGUUACCAUUAUCAUACGGACCCUGACACCGAUCACGAUGAUGAAGAAACUCAGGUGUCUGCGGUCUGAAGAGUUUACUCCUCCAAGGCAAGCAUUGGGAUCACGUCUGAAACCAUAUCUUCAAGUAGAUGUUCCCCAGCCAAAAACAAUACUCAUGUAAUUGAUAUAAUUUUCGAUAUUAGCCGACAAUUGUACAAAAGGUACUGGUGUUGAUUCAAUAAUUUUUAAUUGUAUAAAAACUGACGGAAUUAACCACCUUGAAAAGUACCUGAUUUUAACAAAUAAUUUCUUAUUGUAAAUAUCUACUGGAACGUUGUUUAAUUUUAGUGAUUGUGUAAGCACUUUGUAAUUAUGUAUAAUUUUCAAUCGCGUUUUAUUUUAAUUUUUUGUUUUAUAUAAAUCACUGAUUCAUAAACGAAUUUUCUUUAGCAAACUUUUAAACUAAACGAUCUGACUCCUACAACAUGUGUAUAAACAUCUAAAGCGCAGCAGUAUACCGUCAAUAUUUUCACCGUUAAUCAGUGAAAAUUAGGAAGAUGUCAUUCCAAAACAAAUAUAAUAUCGUGUUAAAAUAGAACUAUUUAUUACCAAUUUCUAUUUAUAUAAAGGAGGUGUCAGUCACAUAUCAUUUCAUAAAUGAUACGCGACUUAGUUAUAUUAAUGAGGAUCAUGAAUGUGUAUUAAGGCAGACGAAAUUACUCAAAGUAUAAAUGUGAACUCUUGUUUUGGCAAAGCAUAAUUGAUUGGGACAUACUUAUUAGUACUCAUGGAUUGCCAAAUUUCAUUGGAGAAAAAUAUUUUAUCGAUAGGUAAUGUGAUUUUACUAGUCCAAACAAAUUAUUAAUAUAUGUUUCUGAAUGUGAAAUCGUGCGAUAUUUCAAUGUUAUUUGGUAUUUUUGUAUUAUUUGUUGAUGUACAAACGGAAAUGAGAAUGAAUGAAGGAUGUUAAUAUUGAAAUAUUGCACUAAUUUGUCAAAAUAUUAUUGGAAACGCAAGAUAUUAAUAUGUUAUUACAUGUAACUAUAUAUUUUAAUAAAUUUAAAUGUAUCACCUUAAUAAAAACCUGAUAUCAAAUUAAA